AUGGACACGCGUCAGAAUGCCGAGGCGGCGAAGAACAGCCUCGAUGGGCGAAACGUCGAAGGGCGAACUCUGCGCGUCCGCCUGGCCGCUCACGCUGCCGCCAUAAAGGUGACUAACCUGCCGCCGGCGGUCAGCAAUGAGCUGCUGCACCUGGCAUUUAGCACCUUCGGUCCGGUGGAGCGGGCGGUGGUGAUCGCCGACGACCGCGGUCGUUCCAUCAACGAGGGCAUCGUCGAGUUUGUGCGCAAGUCCUCCGCCCAGGCGGCGAUUAAGAAAUCUCAAACGGAGUGUCUCCUCCUCUCGGGCACGCCGAUGCCCGUCGUGGCGACCUCCCUGGAGUCUCGCGACGAGGAGGAGGGCGUCCCGGAGAAGAGCGUCAUUCAUACGCUAGAGUACCGCCAGGAACGGGAGUUUGGCCCUCGCUUUGCCGAGCCCGGCACGGUGGAGUACGAGGUGGCGAAGAAGUGGAAGCAGCUGACGCUGAUUGAGGCGCAGCGCCGGGAGGCCUUCGAGCAAGAGAUGCGCGACAUGCACGAGAACUUCAAGAACCAGAUGGAGUACAUCAAGAUCGAGGAGACGAUGAAGCAGCUGCGCGAACAGCUCCGCCAAAUGGAGGGCCAGUCGCAGAAGAUGAACAGCGAACGGGAGACGCGGUACGACGUGGAGCGCCAGCGCGAGGAGGAACGUCGCGCCCACGAGGGCAUGCUCCGUCAGCAGGAGGAGCAGCUCAUUGGGCAGCACCCGAACACCGGCCAGGCGGACCUGGUCACGCUCCGGCGCCAGGAGAAUGAGCUCAGGCAGAAGGCCAAUGCACUGCAGCAGAUUCUCGACCGACAGGAGAACUCGCUGAGAGGCGGUGGUGGCGGCGGCAUCGGUGGAGGUGCUGGUGGUCCGGGAGGGCCGCCCGUGGGCCACCCCAGUGGGCCUCCGCAUGAGAUGCAGAUGAAUCCCUACGCGGGACCACAGCCACCGAUGGGCGGCGGCUACGGCNCGGUGGUGGCGGCGGCAUCGGUGGAGAUGCAGAUGAAUCCCUACGCGGGACCACAGCCACCGAUGGGCGGCGGCUACGGCCCGCCCGGACCGCACCAUCAGCCACCGCACGGCGGCAUGAUUGGCCCCAUGAAUCCCUAUGGACCGCCCGCUGGUGGGCCGCCGCCGGGCAUGCACGGGGCGCCACAGCAGGGGCCACCACCGCAGAUUGGCCCACACCAUCCGCAUCAGAUGCACCAGCCGCCGGCACACCCUGGCUACGGACAGCCCUACGGUAAUGGCGGCCCAAUGGGACACAUGCCCCCGAACAAUAUGCCACCGCAGGGAUACGCCUCGCCGGUGAUGAACCACGGCGGCCCACCGCCCGGCAGUUAUGGCAGCGGCGGUGGAGGAGGCGGUGGUGGAGGGGGCGGAGGCGGAGGCGGCGGAUUACCCAAGCGAAACCGACGGUUCUAA